AUGAUGGGCGCUUUACUGUGGUACAAAAUCAGUGACUUCAUAGCCCGAAGCUUUUGUAGUAAUUCUCUUACAGCACGGCCCUUUAAAAAUGCACUGAAAACAGAUUUGAAGGAAAUUGAUACAAUGAUAAACUUGAUGAUAGCAUAUAGCAGCACUCUUAAUUGGAAUACGUUUUUCGACCGAGCUAUUCAGAAGAACGCAUUUUCUAACUUAACCCGUGCCAUGUCAAUGUUUGGGAAGAGAGGGAAAUCCCUAGAAAUAGUCUCCUUCGCCUGUUCAAAACUAAAAGCAAACACAGAUGUGUGCACAGUUGGCAACAUAUACCCAAUUUAUGUUUCUCUCAAAAAACUUAAAAAAGACAGAACGAAACCCCAUCGAAUUCGUGAUUUACGAAUUUUUUCCAACAUUAACCAUCAAAAGAUGCUUGAACUACAGAGAAACGAUUUGGCCCAGAUGAAUAUUCUAGGAAACAUGAAGAGAAAUGACAAAAACUUACGCAAAAAACUUUCCACCUAUUUUCGUAAAGUUGCGAACUACGAUAAAGGAAUUGCGCAGGCUGACGUUAAUUUUAUCAGCAAAAAACUAAAGCAAUUUAACAAUUCGGCUGCAUCACUGACAAAAAAGGUAGGGAAUGAUAUGAAGGAUGUCUUACAGGCAACGAAAACGGCCCUUGAUAUACAAGUAGCCGACAAAACGAUUAAUCUUCUACUUACUAUUUUCCGCGACACCUGGAAUCCUUUCAAGUUGUUGUUUGGAGGUGGUGAUGCUAAUGACAAAACAGCUGAGUUUGCAAACUCAUUGCAAGAGAGAGCUAGAGGAAAAGCUUUGAUUCAGAAUCUAGAAAAAGUAUUAAGCGAUACAUCUGCAUUAGCGAAAAAGUUUUUAAACAACUCAGCGCAAAUUUCAAAUCUUACUCGCAUGGUGAACGCGAUUAAGAGGAACAAUAUCGACAAACUCGAUACUGAUGCUGCUAAAUUCAUCAAGGCAUUCGACGACUAUAGUCCCAAAGUUGAUAAAUCUGAUCUUGCCAAAAAUGAUGCUCUUCUUUCAUCAUUUAAGGAUACUGCUUGCGGGCUACUGUUUGGUAUGCAAGGCGUCAUUGUAUCAGGUGUCCAGGGUAGGGUUGGUGGCAAUCUCUUGUGUGAAAAACUGCAGGGAACUCUGGCUGAAUUUUCAACGCUAAGAGAGAACAUAUUUGACUUCCAGUUUAACCUUGUAAAUGCUCUAACCCGAGUUGUCCGUGGUAACGUUGCAAAUAAGCUGGCAAAGUCUAUUGGGUCGAGUAAUCUUCUAGACGAUAGUAAAAUGAUGUUAGGAUUCUUGAUGACACAGUAUCGACUUCAGUCACAUGCAUCUUUUUACUGA